AUGGCAUCGCCGAGCUUGCGGAAGAAGCUUGUUAUUGUGGGUGACGGUGCCUGUGGAAAGACAUGUCUUCUUAUCGUCUUUGCCAAGGAUCAGUUUCCAGAGGUAUACGUGCCCACCGUCUUUGAAAAUUACGUGGCUGACAUUGAAGUUGAUGGCAAGGCCGUUGAGCUGGCCCUAUGGGACACCGCUGGCCAGGAAGACUACGAUCGGUUGCGCCCGCUCUCCUAUCCAGAUACCCACGUCUUGCUCCUCUGUUUCAGCAUUGACGCCCCCGAUAGCCUGGAGAAUAUCCAGUACAAGUGGAAACCAGAGGUCGAGCACUUUUGCCCAGGCGUCCCAUAUGUGCUCGUGGGCUGCAAGCGUGACCUCCGUCAGGAUCCCAGCACGAUUCGUGAGCUUCAAAAGCUGGGUCAAAAGCCCAUUCCUGAAGACAAGGGCCAGAGCGUAGCCAAGGUCAUCGGCGCCUACGGCUACGUUGAGUGCUCAGCCAAGACGACGGAGAACGUGCGUAGCGUGUUUGAAAUGGCCACGCGCGCUAGCAUGGCGGUGCGCACCCGGAAACGCGGCGGCUGUGCCCUGCUCUAG